CAUGCACAUGAAGGAAGAGAAACGCACAGAAAGGUUAUGAUCUUAUCCUAAACAAGGUCAUGAUCUUUCCUUCCAUAUUGCAAACUUCUCAAAUAUUGCACCAACAAAAAAAUUCACCAACACAUUAGAUUGCAUAAAGUUUGGUUUUUCCUUAUCCUUUGCAUUGUACUUGUUGUUUGGUCUUAAAAGGUAAAAACAGAAAAACAAACAUAUAAAUAAAAAAAGAAGAAGAACCAACAUGUCUAAUAGAUCAUUUACUCGUUUUGUUAAGCAAAAGAUGGGAAAUUUUCCACACUUUGUGUUGUGCAUGGUGCUUGAAUGGGUGUUGAUAAUUUCACUUUUUCUUGAUGGGUUUAUAGCAUUUUUCACCACUGAGUUUGCAAGGUACUUCGAAUUGGAUAUCCCUUGUUGGCUAUGUGCGCGGAUGAACCAUGUUUUGGCUCAGAAAACUCCUGGUUUUUAUUACAACAAUUCCAUAUGCGACGCUCACAAGAAAGACGUUUCGUCUAUGGCAUUUUGUCACAAUCACAAUAAGCUUUCUGAUUUAAGGAAGAUGUGUGAAGGGUGUUUGCUUUCUUUUGCAACUCAGAAGGAAUCAGAUUGUGAUACAUAUAAGUCUCUUGUGGGGGUUCUGAAUAAGAAUCUUGAGUGUUUUGUUGAGGAUGGUGAAGACAACAUUCAAUUGAGUUUGAAGGAUGAAGAGGUUGUUUCGCAGGAUGAGAAAAGUAGUAUUCAGAGGUGUUCAUGCUGUGGAGCACCAUUGAAACUCAAGUCUUCCAUCUCAAAAGGCAAGAAUUCAGGCUCAUUUUUAAAAGCUCCGGCCGCUUCACCACGAGCUCAUCCGUUUGUCACGUCAAAAUAUGAAGAAUCUCGUGGUCUGGAAUCGCCUCGCACCCCAUAUGCGAAAAAAGAUUCAGAGCUUACACAGAAUGAGGAUGGCAACAACCUGAAAAAACAGAAUAGUAAAUUAAAGGAAGUACUCAAAGGCACCUCUCUAUUGACAGGAUCCGAGGAUAUAAACGUAGAAUCGCCGAAAACCCCACCUUUUCCAUGGAGCAACAGGUUCUCUGGAGUCCCACUUACAGAUUCUCCAAUCAACAGUCCAAAAUGGUCCUCUGGGCUCAUGAAGAAAUCGCCACUAGAAAAGACAGAAUAUGCUUCCGACUCUAAUGAAUGGAGUUGUCAAAAUGAAGAAGAUGAUGCCGUCUUAAACAAUUUGAAGAGGCAAGUUCGUUUGGAUCGCAAGUCGCUCAUGGCUUUGUACAUGGAGCUUGAUGAAGAAAGAAGUGCUUCAGCUGUUGCUGCCAACAAUGCAAUGGCCAUGAUCACCCGCUUACAGGAAGAGAAGGCGGCUUUGCAGAUGGAUGCUUCUCAGUAUCAAAGAAUGAUGGAGGAACAAAUAGAGUAUGAUGAAGAAGUCCUGCAAGAAACUAAUGAUUUGCUUCUCAAACUAGAGGAAGAAGUCAGAACUUUAUAUACCGAAUUGGAGAUUUACAGAGAUAAACAUGGAUACUUGACAGAAGAUGAUAUUAAGGCUCAUGGUGGCAGCAACAGAUUUCCAUCAAGGUCAACUGAAGGUGAGGAUAAUGCAGAAAAAGACCUCGAUAUUCAUCAACCCUCUUCGGCGAGGGCAGAAAACGGAGGGGGAAAGCUCAAGGAGUCGCUAAAAGAUUUUAGAAUGGAGAGAACUUAUCUUCUUGGUAGGAUGAAGAAAAUGGAAAGUGGAACUCUCUCGGCAGAGAAUGGAAUCUGAGACAGUAGUACUACUUUAAUGUUGUCCUUUAAGGUGCAAGAUACACAAUCACAGUCUGACUCACUCUUAUUGAGUAUGCUCAACUCAAAUGGUUAGAACCACAAUAGUUUGAUUUUGUGUCGAAGACUCUGAGUUAUUAGAUACUAGAUGCAUGCGAAGCGCGGGGGGUAAAAUUAUUCGAUCUCACUGCUGUAAGAUAUUUGCAAUCCUUGGGAUGAGAAUGCCUUGGAAGUUUCAAGGUGUGAUAGCAUUCCCAUUACUAGGCCUGUAGUAAUCUUUGCUAGGAUAAUUUGGACUUACCUGUGUGAAUUUUAAAUGUUUAUAUGAUUAUUUUCAA